AUGAUCGCGAUGGGCGCAUGUAUGAUGAUCGAUCGCGAUCUCGCUCGCCUGCGGCCGACAGCAGAGUCGAGUACCCCAGAGACCGAGAAUCUGGACAAGGCUACCGUAGCAAUGAUCGCGAUGAUUAUCGCCGUCGAACUUCAAAUUCAUCACCCCAUAGGGGCAGGAACACGUACAAAGACCGAGACCGAGAGGGUUAUCGAAGCGCGAGCGGCAAUCGAAGUCGAACUCGCAGCCCUCGUCGAGGCCAGCCCCAUAUGGGACAGAUCAGCCGGAUCAGGAGUUUGGAUAUCUGCGUUGUCGACGACAAAUGCUGACAAUGUGCUCAUUAAUACACAGAUCGCGGCUGAACUCAGCAAUGCUUAUCACAUCAACGGCCUGGAAGAUAUUCGGGUCAUUCGUGACCGACAGACGAAGUUGUCGCGGCAACUAGGGUUCCUGCGAUUUUCCACAAUUGACGCAUCCCGCGAAUUUGUCGAACGCAACCACCCUUCCAUAUUCUUCUAUGCCGUGAGAGAGAAGACAGAGCUCGUGCAAAAGGUGCAAGCGACUGGAACUGCAGGAAGUGUCUCGUUCUCAACUUUUCCACACGUCCACAUUGUUUCAAGUGCGGUGACUCACGACCCGGUGCGUACCCCAUCACCUCCCCUCCCUUCACCCAUCUCUGCUCUCACCCAUCUCUGCCCUCAUCCAUCUCUCCUUCCAGCACUAACCAUCCAAGCAGAUAUGGAUCCUACCGGCCCCCCUGGAGUUCCGGCUCCCAAGAUGGCUAAUGAUGGUGACAAUGAUGUCGCUCCUGAGACCCAGCCUUCCCAGUUCCUCCUGAUCCGUGGUUUAGAGGCGUCUGUUACAGAGGAGCUUCUUGCAAAAGGAGUUGCCAAACUGUAUCGGCCAUCUGGUACCAAUGAUAGCGCCCCUGAUAAUCAAAAGAAGGGAUCAAAGGUAGCCUCAACCACUGGUGACAGCAACCUGGGAGCGCGUGAAGGCUCUCUCCGUCGCGUGCUCCUUGUGCGUGAUCGCAGAACCAAUGCCAGCUGGCGUUACGGAUUCGCAGAAUUCGCGGGAAUUAAGGAUGCACAAGCUGCAAUGACGCGACUCAAGUCUUUCGAAAAAUUUACCAUCUCCUCAAAGCCGGUGUUGGUCACCUACAUUCAUGGCGGAGUGUUUGUUCCAGUCAUGAACGCCCAAUCCGGUGCUAGCUACUACACAUUCAGCCCAUCUAACAACCCAUUGCUGAAGUUGAUGUACUGGGAUGAUGCAGCGUAUGUGACGGAACUUGUGCUGUCAACCGCGGAAGAUGAUGCGGCCCAGGAGCAGAAAGCCAACAAGACAGCUUCCAACCAUGGAGACGGCCAAGCCAAGGGCACAAAGGACUCCGAUAAGGGAAAAAAGAGAAAAGCCGAUGUUACGACCAGUGCGAAUACUAAGAAACUUGCAAUGCCAUCCCAGCUCCAAUUCUGGAGUGACCGUCACGCUGAGCUACAUGGAAUCAACCGAGAUGAUGCUGGAAACCCCGCAGAGGGCUCGAAGUCAGCAGCUCCAGACACGGAACCGGCUGCUCUGACAACUGAAUCGGCUGCUCCAGCUACUACUGGAUUGCCUGUCUCGGAGCAUGAAGCUAAUCUACCGCGUCCAUCAUUUGCAGACUGGGAAAAGCUCUGCUGCUACUUGUGCAUGCAAGAUUUUGUGGAUAUUGGACAUCUCAGAUGGCACACGUACGCCAGUCCAAUCCACCGCGAAAAGCUGAAGGAUGUCAAAUUGAGGGAGCUUGGUGUAUGCUGGUUGAUUAUCUAUGGUGUCAUUCCCAUGCCGACUCCAAACUAUGAAGGCAGCAAAGACGAAUACCGCGACGCACUUGAGCGAGAAUAUUCCAUCCCUCCAACCGCUCGAUCCUUUGCAGACCUGGAACGGAACUGGUGCCUGUUGUGCUUCAACGAUCUUGGUACCCCGGGAGACCUCUACGUACACGACCGUUUCAGCGAACGCCAUCGAAAGGAACUGAACGAUGAAGAGGCGAUGAAGUGGGGCUUAGACCAGCUUAAGCAGGCGGGUAUCGCCCAGGAUAUCGUGCAGGCGCCCGCAGAAUACCGAGACCGUGCAAAGGAGCGUCGCCAGGCGUUCGGACGUGAAGAUGCCAAUGCCCGCCAGAAGGCCCCCGAACCAGAAGAGGAGGAGGAGACACCCGUGCAGACUAACACUAUCGGUGCUUCUCUUCUCACCAAGAUGGGCUGGCGCGAAGGAUCUGGCCUCGGUGCCCAAGGAACCGGCGUGACCGAGCCGAUUCCUACUGAAAUUUAUGCCCAGGGUGUGGGACUGGGUGCGCAGGGAAGUCGACUGGGUGAGGCAACUGAGGAAGCUGGGCGGAACACCAGGGGUCGGUACGACGAAUUCCUGGAGAAGACCAAGGAUGCCGCACGCCAGCGCUACGACGAGCUGGACCGUCCCUGA